ACUACCAGUACCAACUACCAAGACUUACAAAUUUGAGCUUAAACCCACAUGGAGUAUUUUAUUUCAGGCUCAUGCUUCUAACUUCUAAGACUUUCCAUGACGAGAAAAUAUUCACCUAAUAUGUUCAAACUUAUAGACUUGGGCAUGACUAAAAUGACAAUAAACAGUUUCUAAACACACUAUAAAACCCUGUAUGUCAGUCACUCCAGAUAACAAGAAUCAACAAGAAGUGAAAAAGAUGGCAAUGAUGGGAGUAGCUUUCUCUCUCUUGAUCAUCACAGCUAUAGCUUCACCUUCAGUAGCAUCUCUGGUCACAUUUGUGUUUGGUGACUCCUUGACAGAAGUUGGGAACAAUAACUUCCUGCAACUCUCUCUAGCCAAAUCAAACUACCCCUUUUAUGGCAUCGACUAUGUAGGAGGACGGGCCACCGGAAGGUUUACAAAUGGCCGAACGAUCGCUGAAAAGCUUGGGAUUUCGUCACCGCCACCUUACCUUUCCUUGUCACCCAACGAUGAUGCCAUUUUAAAAGGGGUUAGCUAUGCAUCUGGUGGAGCUGGAAUUCUCAAUGAAACUGGCCUCUACUUUAUUCAGAGGUUAUCCUUUGAUGAUCAAAUAGAUUACUUUGAGAAUACAACGAAAGUCAUCAAAACUAAAAUUGGAGUAGAGGCUGCAAACAAACUUUUCAAUGAAGCCGUGUACUUCAUUGGACUUGGGAGCAAUGACUAUGUCAACAACUUCCUGCAACCCUUUUUACCUGAUGGUCAGCAGUACACACACGAGGAGUUUCUAGGACUUCUAACCUCAACACUUGGUGGACAGCUUACGAGGCUGCACCAACUUGGUGCAAGAAAAAUGGUGUUCCAUAGCCUCGGACCGCUUGGCUGCAUUCCUUCACAGAGAGUGAAAUCAAGGAGAGGGCAGUGCUUAGAGCAAGUCAAUAAAUGGGCUCUACAAUUCAACUCCAGAGUACAAAAUCUCAUAGCCAUUCUGAAUCGGAAUCUCCCGUCUGCACAAAUAGCAUUUGCAGAUACUUAUCAACCAGUUUUGGAUUUGAUCAACAAUCCUACUGCUUAUGGUUUUAAGGUCUCCAACACCUCGUGUUGCAAUGUGGACACAAGUAUUGGAGGGCUAUGCUUGCCUAACUCAAAACUGUGCAAAAAUCGCAAAGAUUACGUAUUUUGGGAUGCCUUCCAUCCAUCAGAUGCCGCAAAUGCAGUUCUUGCAGACCGGCUCUUCAGCACUGUCUUUCCGGCUUCUCCUUCUCCUUCUCCUUCUCCUGCACCAUUGCCUUCGCAUUAA